AUCGAUUCCAAGCCACAUUACAACAUGUACUGGUCAACAGAUGAAUUUAUUGGAAAUGCUGGUUUCAAAAAAACAAUGACGUGCAAUCGUUAUGAAAAACUAACGCAGUAUUUUCAUGUGGCAGACCGACAAAGUGAACCAGAACGCAAUCUCCAAACUAUGACCGGCUAUUCAAAAUUAAACCCAUCAUGAACACUGUCAAAGAAACAUUUUUUAAGUCGUACAAACCACACGGGGAGAUGGCUAUUGAUGAGGGAAUGAUCAAAUUUGCUGGAAGAAACUCCAUGAAACAGUACAUGCCAGCCAAACCAGUGAAACGAGGAGUGAAAGUGUGGAUGAGAUGUGAAUCCAAAACCUCGUACCUCACAAAGUUUAAUUUUUACAUGGGCAAAUCAGACAAGACAUACGAAAAUGGCCUGGGACACGGAGUUGUAACUGAACUAACUGAUGAUCUACGAGGAAAACAUCACCAUGUAUAUUUUAACAACUUCUUCACCAGUGUCAAACUACUGAAAGAUCUAUUGAAAGACGGCAUAUAUUCUUGUGGAACUGUUCGACAAAACCGACGACACUUUCCGGAUGAAAUGCAACGUGGAGACAGCAAAAUUGUGCAGUCGGCUUCAAAGAGAAACAUUACAGCUGUUAUUUGGCAAGACAAGAAGCAAGUGAGUAUGCUGAGUAGCUUGAGUCCUCCACAAGACAUCCUAGAAGCAAGCAGGAGGAUUGGAAACAACCGGGUGCAGCUCAACCAGCCACAUUCUGUACACAGCUACAACAAGUACAUGAACGGCGUCGACAAACACGACCAGUAUCGCCUGAAGUAUGAUGUGUCGAGGGAGAGCAAACGGUGGUGGAAGUACUUGUUCUUCUUUCUGGUGAACUGUGCUAUUGUGAAUGCAUAUAUCCUGUACAGUUUGUCAUCAAAGAGAAGAACCCAGCACAAGCAAUUCACGCACUUGGACUUCCGGAGGGAGCUUGCCAGGGCCCUGGUUGGAGGCUUCACUUCAAGAAAGAGAAGUGCCAUGUGUGACAUUCAGGACAUUCCCGUUGCUAAUGCAAAUGUGAGAUUGCAUUGCAACACACACAUGGGCAAAGCACGCAGGUGCAAAGUUCACAGCAAAAGUGGAAAGCGCAAAGAAACUGUUUAUGGGUGUGAAUUGUGUGGGGUUCAUUUGUGUAAGGAGGGGUGCCAUGCAAAAUUCCAUAACACUCAGUGACAUUCACAGGACAAAAUUCAAGUGGAACACUUCAAACUUGUAAAUAGAACAUAACUUUUUUUUAUUAUAGUUCUUUUUCAUACAGUGGAACACUUUUUAUUGUUUUGUGACUUUCUAUUGUGAUUUUUGCCUGAAACAUAUAAUAACCAAAUAUGACAAUGUAAGUAACAUUUUAAAAAUAUUCAUCCUUUUCUCUACAUUAGCUGUUAUUUUUUUUUUCUUUCUAGGAUGUAUAUAUAAAAAGUUAUAACUAAUUUCCUUUGUUGUGUGGUGUUAUUUGCUAAUUGGCAAAUUGUCUUAUGGAGAUGC